AUAUAUUAUUUAAUGGGCCUAUUAAUUCUUUUUAGGCCCACCUUGCAGAAUUUUCGAGGCCCAGCCCAACCCUUCAUCCACCUGCUUUUCGUCUCUGCCGAUUGAAGUUCCCCCUUCCUACCGCCUGAGCCAUCAUUGCUUCAAAGUUCCAAAGCUUUCCGUCUUCUCUCACUCUCGUCUACCUCCGGCCAUCUGCAACUGAAGCUUCUUCCGCUUCGGCAGCAGUCCCUGUUCACUUCCCACCUGAAGUCAAAGAGGUGACAGUCUUUAAUUCGUAUGUUUAUAAUUCUCGAGCCUCUUCUUGCUGGAGCAAUUGGCGAGUGGGUUGAUUGAUUGAUUUCCGAUUAGCUGUCCCUCCCAAGCAGGAGAAAAGCUUGAAUUUUUCAGCUGGGGACAGAUUUGUAUCCCCGAUGGGUCUAGACGAAUAGGCCUUCUGGGCUCGAGGGAUUGUAAGGACCUCCCAUAUCUCAACUGCCUCCAUUGUCUAUAUAGUUGGGUUUGAUGCAAAUCUGAGUUGUGGCAAAUGCUAAAGCUUACUGGGUCAUAGAGUAUGGAGUGAAAGGUGGUAUCCUGGUUGAGGGAUUUCGAUUGCAUUUUGGCUGCUCAUUGAGGAAAGAUGAUGUAUUUUGUGCCGAGGCACUUAAAGCUGCUGUUAUCAAGCAAAGAAAUGGCUCGUCGAUCACUUGUUCGUUUUUCUGGAAUUUCGAUAGUGACCUCUAGUUCCUUAAUGUAUUCACAGAAGUCUCUGCUGUGGUUCUAUUCUUCAAAACCGAACCAUCAUGAGUAUCAGCAGGGAAACCGUGAUCAAGAUUUGUAUAGCUUGAGCUUGUCAAUAGGGUCCCCAGCUCGGGUCCAAAAGCUUAUAGCUUCUCAAUCAGACCCUCUCCUUGCAAAAGAGAUCUUUGACAUUGCGUCCCGUGUGGCAAACUUCCGUGUCUCAUACUCGUCCUACCACAUUCUCAUUAUCAAACUUGCCCGGUCAAAGCACUUCUCCCUCGUUGAAGAUCUUCUUGUCCGCCUGAAAUCAGAACCGUAUGCUGUUUCCACUUCGCUCUUCUCCGGCCUCAUCAAGGUCUAUGAGGAAGCUGACAUGCCCGAGAAAGCCCUCAAGACCUUCUACACGAUGCUUGAAUUCAAAUGUCAGCCCCUGCCCAAACACUUGAACCGCAUCCUUGAAGUACUUGUUUCUCAUAGGAACUAUGUCCGUCCAGCAUUCGAUCUUUUCAAGAAUGCUCACAGACACAGAGUCUCGCCCAACACUACAUCUUACAACAUCCUGAUGCGAGCUUUCUGUUUGAAUGAUAAUCUUAGUAUCGCUUACUCGUUGUUCAACCAGAUGUUCAAAAGGGAUGUUCUCCCAGACAUAGAAUCGUAUAGGAUUCUGAUGCAGGGACUGUGCAGGAAGAGUCAGGUGAAUCGGGCAGUUGACCUGUUGGAAGAUAUGUUGAAUAAGGGCUUUGUUCCAGAUGCCCUGAGCUAUACCACUCUAUUGAAUGCUUUGUGCAGGAAAAAUAAGCUAAGAGAGGCAUAUAAGCUUCUUUGUAGGAUGAAAGUUAAGGGUUGUAAUCCCGAUAUCCUUCAUUAUAAUACUGUUAUACUUGGGUUCUGUAGGGAAGGUUGUGCAGCUGAUGCUUGUAAGAUUCUUAUGGACAUGCCUUCAAAUGGGUGCUUGCCCAAUUUGGUUUCUUACCGCACUUUGGUGGGCGGGUUGUGUGAUCAGGGAUUGUUUGAUGAUGCGAAGAAUUAUAUACAGGAAAUGAUAUCGAAGGGCUUUUCUCCACACUUCUCGAUCUCCCAUGCCUUAAUAAAUGGCUUCUGCAAUGUUGGGAAGAUCAAGGAAGCGUGUGAAGUUGUAGAGCAGCUGCUGGAGCAUGGGGACGCUCCGCACUUGGACUCCUGGGCAGUUGUUUUGCCUAUGAUAUGUGAGGAGAAUGAUAAGUCAAGGAUAGAGAGUUCGUUCAAAGAGAUUCUGCGGGUGGAGAUAACCCCUAAUACGAGGUUAAUCCAUGCAGCUGCUGGCUUGGAGGAGUACGUGAUUAGGAAGGCCGAAGCUAAAUCAAGGAGACCUUGACUGUUCUUCAUAAUUGAUUGAUUACUGUGGUAGUUUGAUCAGGUGGAAGUUUCUUAUCAAGGUGGUUUUGUCCUUCCAACAAAGCCUCGUCUGGAUGUGUAGGGUUGCUCUUUCUGAAGAAGAAUCACAAUCACAAGUGUGUCACCAGGCUUUCCUCUUACAAUUACCAGCUACAUUGAAGCUUCGAUGAAACCAUAGCAGGGAUACUUUUCAGGAAGAGAUCAGCAUCAAUUUUUUUAAGACCAUGAAAGAUUUAUUGCUUGAUUUUCUUCUGCACAAAGGUCGAGGAUGAGUGAGUCAUGAAGGGUGCGCUGCGACUUUGGGAACAACAUUCACCGGCCUUAGGUGUUCUACACAACAUUGCUCAAAUAUGGAUUGAAAGGGUUGACGUUGUAUCUGGUGACACCGACACACUGUCACUAUCAAGUUCGACUUGCAGCAAUCAGCAAUCAGCAAUCUUGGUUUACCAGCUCUGGAGAGAUCUUUUGCAACACGCUCCAUAGGAGGAACUUCCUCUUGAAAUGGCGCAUGCUGUGUAGCCAUCGAGUCUGGUGUUCGGGUGCUACUUCUGCGCCAUUUGGAUGGUUUGAAUCCGAUUUCAUCGAUAAACAGGUUGUAAAGAUAGUGCAGGUCUCCCUACCUCUUGAAUUAUGUGGGCAUCUUGACCCUAAUUAGUAUGGAAAUUCUCUGAGUUUUCUUACUGACUGAUUGAAUAACUGUAUUGAAGCAAGAUGGGACCUUUUUGGUCGAUCUAUUUUAGGUUCAGUAAUGUGGUUAAUUAGUA